AAGCAAGAUGGCCGGCUCUAGAAGUCGAGCGCCCGGUUUUCGUGCGUCUACAGCCCUCAUACUUGCGGUUAUCUUGGUUCUUACAUGUGGAUCAGAUGCCGCUGUUGUCUCCACCACCCAUGGUGACGUCAGAGGGUCAGAGUUCAUGACCUCCGGUGUUGUCGGAAAUGCCGUCUUUGACCGAGUUUUCACUUUCAAGGGGAUUCCUUACGCCGCCCCACCUGUAGGGGACCUCAGGUGGCGCCCUCCCCAGGACCCCAGCAGCUGGACAGAUGUUCGUGACGCCAUAGACGUCGGGCCCAGAUGCCCCCAGGUCGAGUUUCCAUCGCUUGAUCAACCGAUCUACAACGCGCUCUUUGAGUACCAAAGUAGCACCACUAGUGAGGACUGUCUGUAUCUGAACGUGUACAGUCCAAACAUUUCUGCCACUGCAAACAUACCUGUGAUGGUGUGGAUACAUGGCGGUGGUUGGACAGAGGGAGCUGCCGACUCCUACCCAGCAGAGAUCCCCACGUCGCUCAAUAACGUCGUCAUGGUAACCAUUAACUACCGGCUGGGUAACCUGGGCUUCAUGCCGACUCGGGACGACGACGCACCGGGCAACUUCGGUCUUCUGGACACGAUAAAGGCCCUCCAGUGGGUUCAAGCGAACAUCAGAAACUUCGGAGGAGAUCCCGACAGAGUCACAAUCUUUGGUGAGUCGGCUGGAGGAUAUUCCGUCUCUGUGCUGGUCAUGUCUCCCCUGGCAAGGGGCCUGUUCCACCGGGCCAUCUCUCAGAGCGGCGUGGCGGGAGUUCCAGUGACCCAGAAGGGUGACAUCACACAAGCGGAGUUCCUUGCUAGAGGGGUAAACUGCACUACGGCCAAUUAUAAUGACAUGAUGAGCUGUCUGCGAAGUUUACCAAGCCAGGACCUCACGACGAUUAUGGUUCAGACAGUGGUAAUCGACGGCAGGUUUCUGUUACAAAGUCCUUGGAAUCUGAUGAACCACAAAUUCAUGAACAGGGUAGAUUACCUCCUGGGGACCAACAAUGACGAGUUUGGUUAUCUCCUGGCUGCCUACUACCCGUUUAUUGACGAUGAUGGGAUGACCAUGGCAGAAUUCCAAACCAACUUGCCGGCUGAUCUGCAGCAGUUCGUCAACCAGUUCCCGGCUGCUGGUAGCGUCGACAUGAUUCUCCAGCCUGUUAUAGACCAGUACGUGGACCCCAACAUGGCGGACGAUCCGAUCUACCUACGUGGCCAGUUCUUGGAGCUUCUCACGGACAUGUAUUUUAUUUCACCUACAACUAUGAUGGCUCAUGCACAGGCAAGCAUGCCAGCAGUAACAUGGGAAGCUCAACAGGUUUACCAGUACGAGCUGCAACACACUGCCUCGGUCUUCUCUUUCCGUCCACCUUACACGAAGGUUGACCACACAGACGACUUGUUCUACCUGUUCGGGGUCCCGCUCCUGCGUGACGACAAGGGAUCGUACUGGAAGUACGGCUUCACCCAGGAGGAACGGGACCUGAGUCUGGACAUGAUGGCGUACUGGGUCAACUUCGCCACAAACGGAGACCCGAAUGACUCCGAAGGAUCAGCGCGCGUGCGCGACCUUGUCCACUGGCCACGUUACACGUCUGCAUCCGGGUCCUACCUCCAGCUGGACGUGACGUCAUCUGCUGACGUCAGGCUCCGAGAGUCCCGGAUGAAGUUUUGGAACGAGGAGGUGCCGAGGCUGCUGGGACAACAUGUCCACGCCCACCGGGCUGAUUUUCACGAUGGGGCCUACAAAUCUUCCUGUAGCCUUCUUAUUCUGGCGUCUACACUACUUAUCUACUAUCUGGUGGCCUGAGUAGACUACUUACACAAUUUCUAUCAGUCAGAAGUUGGUUGGGCCUUCUCCACGAGAGCUAUUCUUAGUCAAUUUUGGUUAAUGUUAACUCAUCAAUUUAGCCUUCGGGCUGCAACUGUUAUGAUAUAGUUGAUGUCACAAUAAAAAUAUUACUGGAACAUUUCAUCAUGCACUGCCUCUAACGUGAGAAAACCAAUCCCAGAACUAUCAAUAUGGGAAAAUAUCUUCUAUCGUCGCUAAAACAAGUCCCGUUCAUGCUGUUGGCAUCAAGAAUUCUCUGUCACUGUGAAAACAAGUUAUUACAGUCUCCAACACUAUAGUAACAGACAGUCAUUUGACAUUA